AUGCCACCAAAAGGCAAAGACAAGCAGGGCGGCGGCUCCAAGGUGUCCGUCGACAAAACCUUCGGCAUGAAGAACAAAAAGGGAGGCAAGGGACAAAAGACCGUCGCACUCAUCCAACAGCAACAGAAAGUCGCGGGCAAAUCCAAAGAGCAACUAGCCAAGGAAAAGCAAAAGGAGCAAGAGAAGAAGGCAGCGGCACAAGCACUGAAAGAGCGAGCAGCGGAUCCGAUGUUUUCGAUCGUGCAGCCCAAAGUGCCGUUCGGAGUGGAUCCGAAGACGGUGACGUGUGCGUUCUGGAAAGCGGGACGAUGCGACAAGGGCAACAAGUGCAAGUACGCGCACUCGAACGACGCCGGACGCAAGACGGAAAAGAAGGACCUCUACGUCGACAUGCGCGACGAAGACGAAGACAAGAAGCUCGACACAAUGGACAAAUGGGACGAUGCAAAGCUCAACUCGGUCAUCCUGUCGAAACACGGCAAUCCGAAAUCCACCACGGACAAGGUGUGCAAGUUCUUCCUGCAGGCCGUCGAAGACGGCAAGUACGGCUGGUUCUGGGAAUGCCCCAACGGCGGCGAAAAAUGCAUGUACCGUCACCGCCUCCCACCCGGCUUCAUCCUCAAAACCCAGAAGAAGGAGCUCGAAGCCCUCGAAAAGGCCAACGAGAUCUCACUCGAAGACUUCCUCGAAACAGAACGUCACAAGCUCGGCUCCAACCUCACCCCCGUGACCGCCGAAUCCUUCGCCAAAUGGAAAAAGGAGAGGAUGGACAAAAAACAAGCCGAGCAGGAGAUGCUCAAGAAGAAGAAGGAGGCGCAGGCGGCGGCCAACAAGAUGGCCGGGUUGAGCGGAAGGGAGAUGUUCAGCUUGAAUCCGGACAUGUUCGUCGAGGAUGCGGAUGACGAUGAUGACGAGGACGAGUUCGAUCUCAACCAGUACAUGAAGGAUUGGGAGCAGGGGAGGCAGGAGGAGGACGAGCAGAGGGGGAUCUCGGAGGACGAGGACGAAGCGGAGCCGCCGACGAAUGGGGUCGCCAAGUUGUCAGUCUAG